ACUAAAUAUUGUGACCGUACCAAAUCCCAUGUAACCUAAUUGGAGUCAGAAAAUAAAAGUGUAUUAAUUAGUAUUCGGUUUAUUUACUUAUCUCUGAACACGACACCCCACCAUCUAAAUUGGUGACCCCGUGUGGAGAAAGUGUGAACUGUAACCAGUGAAUUUGGACUUGUAAUUCAGUGAAUCGGACGACCGGGGCAACUCACACAAGUGUACGUAGUGUCGGUUUAAUAUUAGUGCGCGUCAAAUUAAGAAAUUAUAAUGUCGUCUGAAGACAAGAAGGUCGUUAUUGAAGAACAUCAACUGUCGUCCAUCUCCAUCACAGCUAGAAUUCCGGAAUUUUGGAAGAAGUCGCCUAGAACAUGGUUUAUCCAAGCAGAAGCAGUUCUAAAUCCUCAGAAGAUGUCCGACGAAUCAAAGUACCAGGUCCUUAUUUCAAAAUUACCCCCGGACGCAGUUGAGCAAGUUACACAGAUCCUUGUGGAUCCCCCUGAGAAAAAUAAAUAUGAGACCUUGAAGAAUAAGUUGAUAUUUAUAUAUCAAGAAUCCGAAGAGCGGCAAGUAAAAAAACUCAUUGGCGAAAUGGAAUUAGGCGACCAGAAACCAUCACAAUUACUAAGAAAAAUGCAAGACCUAGCCAGGGGACGAGUAAAUAACGAAACACUCAUAGUUAUGUGGCAGAAUCAUUUACCAAAUUCGGUGCGAGGAGUUUUAGCUGUAACGGAAGAAAAAGAUCUAGAGAAAUUAGCAUCAAUAGCGGAUAAAAUAAUGGAAACAACGACUCCCAUAAAUAGUGUUGCGACUGUCAAACAGGAACCAGGCCCAUCCGGUUCUCAGGACCAAAUUAUUUCGGCAAUAAACAAAUUGAGUGAUAGAUUACAAAAUUUAGAGUCAAGAUCACGAGGCCGUUCAAAUAACUGGCGAAGGAAUAACUUUAGACGCAACAGAUCCAGGUCAGGGUCAAGAAGUCGCACAAGGAAAUUCGAAGAUCCAAAUUGGCUAUGUUUUUACCAUUAUAAGUAUCGCAGCAAGGCAACUAAAUGCGUGGAUCCAUGUAACUGGAAGAAAAAACAGGACAAGGACAAGCCAGCGGAAAACUAGAGUCGGUGCAGUCUGCGACGGGAGGCUGUGACCGUGCCUUCGGGAAUCACCGUCUGUGUGUCAGAGACAG